AUGCCCAAGAAGCACAAUAUCGCCUACGUUAAACCGGACGAGCCUAGUUUUUUGAGAAAACUCAAACAACAAAUUGGAUACAAAGAAGGCCCCACUGUUAACACCAAAAGGGAAGAUUUGGAAAGGGCCGGCGACGAGGACUUUUUGGACGGCGAAGAAGAACAGCCCCAAGUGGUGGUGCUGCGCCCCGGCGAUUUGAGUGCACAAGAGGCCGCCCAAGAAAAACUGAGACUGGAAAAAGAAGAAGAAGAAAAACCAGCCGAUCUCGACGCUCCGAUCGUUUUCAAAAAACCAGUCAAAAAGACAACAUCGGACUCAUCCGGAACAUCUUCGGACACUCAAAAAGACAAGGAGGAAACCAAAACUUCUAAACGAAGCUUAGAUUCAACCGACAAAGACAAGAAAUCAAAGAAAAAACUCAAAAAUAAUAAAAGUUUGCUGUCGUUUGACGAAGAAGAAGAAGAAGAAGAUUAG